CUCGCCAUUUGUGAAAGGAGAAAUUUGUUUAUCAAACAGGUUGAAUUUGCAAAAUGGAUAUAGAUCUUAAACGGAUGAGAUCCAAAUAGCUAGAUGACUUCGGCAUUGUUCUUCAGGAAGACAGCCAGUCAUGGCGAUAUUAAGAAAUCAGCGCAGAAAGUCGCAGACCCGAAGAAAGAUACCGUUACACGAUUGAAACACCUUCGAUCUGUUUUGGAAAACUAUGACUGUGUGGAAGGAAAGAAAUUUUUCCAGGAAAACUAUUCUCACAUUUACUACAUCUUUUACGACAACUUUGGAGUUGUAGAGAAUGAUCUGAAACAGAGAGCAAGCAAGGCCCAUAGAGAAGAACUGGAGGCAAUCUUGCAUAUAUUUGAAAAAAUUCUCUUUUUCUUACCUGAGUUGAUUCACAAGAGAUGGAUGUUCCACAGUAUAGGUCGUGUCAUGAAGAAGCUGCUUCAUCCUGCCAAUUCUAUAAAGCUGAGAAGGGAGGGAAUGCGUCUUUUCAUCGUGUGGUACCAGAUCCUGCAGGACAAUGCUUCGGAGGAGUGUCAUCGCAUCUUCCUGCAGCUGGUGCCAGAUAUCGGAGACGGUGUGCACCAGGACAUCCUCAACAACAAGGUGCCCCAGCCUCCUGACAUUAAUCACCAGUCUGGGUCCCUGCGGCCACUGUCCUGCAGUGGAGUGAUAGCAUCAGGGGAGGUAACUGCAAUAUUGCCUGGAGCUGGUGAGAAGAUUCCUGAGAAUGUGACCAAGUACUUCCUUGAUGCCCUACUUACAGUCAUGGUGUCUGAGGUGAUCAAAAUAGAGUGGAUGAAUAAGGACAUGCGUGAGACCAGCUUCGUGUUCCUCUUUAAUAAAUUCAAGGACAGCUAUCUACAUUGGUUAUUGCCUGAGUUUGAGAUGAGGGACAUCUACGAACCAGUAUUAGACCUACCUCGAGUGCGUACAAUCCCUGAGAUGAUGGCGAAGGAUGAGCCUGUCAACGUCACAGAGUGCCGGGACUCUUUCAUAAAGUGGUUGGCAAACUUUACCCUCUCCACCAAGAAACCGGACAACAAUCUUGUCAAAGGGUUAUCAUGUUCAGCUCUUGCUGAUGGUGGGACAGAUGAUGUGCCCGAUUCAUCAGAGGUCAAGGCUACCAACAUGGAACCUAUCCCAGGGAGCAAUGCAAGCACAUUGUCAGGUUCCAACUUCACUGAGAAGGACUCUGCCAACUCUAGUCAGUGCAGUGAUGACCAUAGUCUUUCAGAGUACGAGAUAGUACGCACGGUUCUCUACUCAACGCGGGAAAAUGUCAAUAUUGUACAUGAAUGCUUCAGACAGGCUCUGUUGUUCUCGUUCCGCCAUGCUGCUGCCAUGAGGAAGGUGAUCACAGUGUACAAGGAGUGGUUCCAGCAUGUGGACCAGCGGCCCAUCUUCAUGCAGGAGCCGUGCUCGGAGGCGGGGCAGGCCCUCGACUCACAGAGAAACACUCCCGAGUUUCACCAUAGUAGUCUAUCUGACAUCGUCGAGGAGGAUAUCUCCUCAGAUGAUUCUCUAAGUGCUAGUGCAUCGUCCAUCCCACGGCAGUCGUUCCUGACCGACGGUCUGGAGAAGCCGAAGUACAUCCGUAAUGCCUCCUACCUGGGGGCUGUGCAGGACCUGGCUGAUCAGGGGGAGCAACAACAACUGGAGGUGCGUGCUGGGAUGCAGAAGGUGCUGCAGGUCUUCAUCACCAACGCUGCCAACAUCUUCCUCCUGGACACCGAUGACGACAGCUCACUGCAGGAACAGGUUGACCUGUGUAAGCGGGUGCUCAAUAUCUACAGACAUGUCGUCAUGAAUGUACAGCUGCACCAGAAGACAUGGGAGCAGAUACUGGUAGUGUUGCUGCGGGUCACGGCGGGUGUUCUCCAGAGCAGGCCCCCGACGGAGAGAUACAGGACCAUCGGUGGGAGGUUGGCCCAGCCGAUCUUCCAGACGCUGAUUGUUACGUGGAUCAAGGCUAACCUCAAUGUACUCAUCAGCCCUGAACUGUGGGAUGAGUUUUUGGGAGUGCUGUCCUUGCUGACAUCAUGGAUGGAGCUUGUCAAGGAAUGGGCGAAAACAAUGGAGACACUAACACGUGUGUUAGCCCGGCAGGUGUAUGGCCUUGACCUCCUUGACCUGCCGCUGGUUCGACUCAGUGAACAGAAGGAAAAAAGGAGACGAGGACGAUCACAAGAUGGUGCUAAGGCAAAGGCUGCAGCUGACAAGAGUUUCUCCAGGGGCUGGAGUCGAGGUGAUGGACAUGUGAACCUCCGGGGAUCUACCAACAGUGCCAACUCAGACUCCAACUUUGACAGGGCCAAGAACAAGAGCGAUGGAGCUGGAGGAUCUCGAUCUCGGCCAGACCUCCACAAGCAACGAUCUCUCAGUGGGGAGCCAUCUCCAGACCACUCCAGGUCAGGUUCCACCGCAUCGGACAAUCUGAUUGUGCGUAGCAGCAGCGAGGGCAACAUAGCCGACCCUAAGGAGCUGAUCGAGAAGUUACGAGCAAUCGCCCAAACAGGCACCCAAGGAGCCGGCUUUACUAGUGAAUCUAGCAGGAAGUCCAGCAUAACAGCAUGUGCGGCCCCAGCUAAUGGGGGGGGCGCAGACCCUAUAGGAGCCUCUGCUGCUAUAGAGGACCACGAGGUGGCGGACAUCACAGCCACGUGUACAGCGGAACUAGCCAGUGUGGCCAGCGGCUUCAGCAACUUCAGUCAGGAGAAUGGACACUCUGAUCUCAGCGCUGAUAGCAUCAGUCUGGAGAAGUCGGACUCAGAGACAGUAGUCCGGCCAUCAAGAACACCCUCCCCUGUGUCUGUGCGGUCCAAGUCUGGUUCUCGAACACCGUCACCUUCUGUGGAGUUGAUCUCAGACAGCCAGCAUAAAGACAGUCCCACACCUGACCGGGACAGUCUCCACAUCGACAUGGUGGCAGGACCUGAAGACACCUCCCUCAGUCGAGAUUCCCUGAAUGAGUUUAAGAGUGUGAUGGCAGGGGGCGCUAUGUCUGGCUGGAUGCCAGAUGUCGCAGUGGUGUUGUGGCGGAGGAUGCUGGGAUGCCUUGGUGAUGUCAACCAGAUACAGGACCCUGUCAUACACGAAUACGUCUUCGACUAUCUGUGUGAUCUGGCCGAGACGCUCAUAAGGAUGCGUGAAAACCUGGGUGUGACUCAGGACAACACCUCCUCCCCUCCUCCGCCAGAGUUGAUACCACCCCACCACAUCUUUGCUACAUGGUUGUUUGAGUGCCUUACUCUGAACAACAAGUACAAGAAGGGCAAGUUGCUGGCGUAUCAGCUUAUCUGCCAGAUGCUGGUCCGUCAUCACGAUGUGACACCAUCACAGGAGAUCUUGUCUCACUUCUACUAUGUGCUGCACCAUGGGCUGGUGGCUGUUGACCAGGAUGUAAUAAAUGUAUUAGUACGAAAUAGCGGACCCAAGUAUUUUUCUCUUCCACUUCCCGGCAACCUACUGCUCAUGAUGGAUUUUGUACAUGCAGCAGGGACGAUCAUUUCAGCUGUUGAUGUUAAAGCACCCCCACGUUCUGAGGCUGUGUCUGUGCUCGGUGCUCUGUUGUGCUUUCCUAAUCAUUUCCUGGAGUUGCCAGUAUUAAAGCCAAACUCUGUAGAUAUUUCUGUUUUAAAGUGUAAUGAAAUGAAGGAUACGGUUGUUAAUUUAUUGUUGAAGGCAGGGAAGAGAGAGCCAGCUGGUCUGGCCAGAUGUAUUGCUGUCAGCAGUGUUGGUAUAUACUUGUAUGAGGAGCUCACCCACGGCACACAGCACCCCAAGGUCAAGGAAGGAGUCCAGGUCCUGCUCACUGCAUUAAAGGAGUGUGAGAAACCACAUGUGUCAAAAGGCUACCAUCAAAAGAGUGAUGUGAAUAGCAAGUGUGGGUACAGGAAGGUGGCCAAGGUGGGCUCGGACAUGCUACUGUUGCUGUGUGAUCACUGUGAGGUGUUGCUGACACACUACCCCUCACUACCCAGGACCAUUGUGGAGUUCAUUGCCCAGACCAUCUCCUCCUUGCUACAAGCUCAAGAAACAUCCAGUGUAGAAGAGGAGAAGAGACUGAUUGUAGCCAUGAUGUUCUGUAUGGUGGAGUGGUGCCUGAAGAUCCCCAUGCAGCUGUUGAUGGAGACGACAGAUUCAGAGAGAAGCUGUAUAUACAAGGUCUUCAGGGUCCUUCACAGUGCAGUGACUGGCCACAGUGCAGCCUCCUUGUCCCGGACCAGCAAGUCUCUGGCUGACUUCAUCCAGGACCUUGACAUGGACAACAUUGUGGACAACCAGAGCACCAGCAGUGGUGGCUCGCCAAAAAUGACAUACGAUGGGCCAACGGAACCAGUCACAGACCAGCCAAAGACCACAGACACUCCCAGGAAACCUGAAACCGACAUUGUCAAAUUGGCAGCAAGAACGAUGAUGACCCACCUUGUGAACCACCUGAACCACUUCCCUAUGGGUUCGGGGGCCGCCCGCCUCAACUCCAACGUCCAGGAACACCAUGACAUCCCCAACUACCUGGACGAGGAGCUGAAGCAGGACAUCUUCUCUGCUCCCAAUGUACAGUUCUUUGUUGUGAACCACAGAGCUUUGAUCUCAUUUGUUGAACUCCCAGCAGUGGAUGCCCCAGGGGGUGGAGUGACAGCUGGUCUGUCAACAGCACGCACGGUGUGUCGGGUGGUCAUCAGGGACCUGAGUGGCAAGUACUGCUGGGAGAGCUCGGUUCUCUACAGCCCUCCAUGGUGCAAGAAGGGCUCAUCUCUACAUAAUGCUCAGACGCUGCUGACGAUGACCACGGAUAUGGAACUGGAACCCCUCAUCAUUCAGGAAGACUCUGACAUCCAUGUGCCCGAGGUCAAACCAAGACGUCCUCCAACUGACCUCCCUCAUGCGGAAGACAUGGGCAGAACAGAGAACUGUCUGGACGAUCUGCUGCGGUAUAUUGGUCAUACUAGUCCCGAGUGUUUGCUCCGACUGGGAAACGCUCUGAAUAUCUCUGCACCAAUCCCAGAAGAUCUUGGUGAACAGGCCGAGACAAUGAUGACAGACAUGGUAUUACAGCAGAAAAUUGCUGAGUUGGAGUACUACCACAAACACAAGUCUGACAUGAGGCAGCUGGAGUCGGGACACAUGCUGGCCAAGCCCCAGCUGCCAGCCGACAUCCAGGAUCCAGUCUCCCCCUUCCAGAUGUGCCGCCUCGUCCUCAACCAGAUGGGACUACUCUCCUGGGAGAAGAGAUGUCACUUUGACCUGAUGAAGAAGAGUGACAAGUUACUCCGGGAACUCAAGAACCUGGAUAAUCAAAUGUGUCGUGAGACACACAAGAUAGCUGUGAUCUAUGUGGCAGAGGGCCAGGAAGACAAGAUAUCCAUCCUCUCAAACUCAGGUGCCAGCAAGGCAUUUGAGGAGUUCGUAGCUGGCCUCGGAUGGGAGGUGGACCUGGAGACACACCAGGGUUUCCGAGGUGGGUUGCAGGCCAACAAGACCACAGGGGACACAGCACCAUACUAUGCAAACUCCACGUGUGAGGUGGUGUUCCAUGUGUCCACUCGGAUACCCUCCGGCAACGACGAGUCCAGACAUAUCAAGAUGCGUCACUUAGGGAAUGAUGAGGUUCACAUAAUCUGGUCGGAGCAUGUCCGGGAGUACCGACGUGGCAUUAUCCCCACAGAGUUUGGGGAUGUUAUAAUUGUGAUAUACCCCCUUCCUAAUGGUCUGUACAGGAUACAGAUCAACAGGAAACAAGAGGUUGGCUACUUUGGACCUCUGUUUGAUGGUGCAAUAGUGGACCACUUGGUCCUCCCAGGUCUAGUCCGAGCCACAGCAAUCAACGCCAGUCGGGUCAAACGCUCACAACUGCCUUUCUUUCACUCAUUUUAUGAGGAACGUGCCAAGUGCCUUGAGACAAUCAUACAACAACACACAGAACACAGCACAUUCGAGGACUUCGCUGCCCAUGUCUUUGCUCCUGUGUUGCCAAAUAACGGAACAAUUUUGGACAACCAAAUUCCUUCUGAGACCAGCAACACAAGCCUGACUGAACUGACAAGUCCCGAGCCAUCAGUACCGGUGGGCCAGGUGUCUCCUACAGGGAUGAAACACAGCCGAGGAAGCGAGUCUGGAACUGACAUGGAUGAGACUGACUCCAAGAUGGUGCGGUCUCCUCGACGAUGGUCCAUGAGGAAUAGGAAGUCUUCAGCCCCGAAAUCCAGCACCCCAAACCCCACCAUCUUCACCCCUCCAGGAAGCCCCAAGUCAAAGAAUAAGAAGUGACCUCUUAUACUUUCUGACCCGUGUGAUCAACGUGUUGGAAGUGGAUCAUAAUGUUCCUUCUGGGGCAUCUGUGCGAGGACUUGUCAUUAUUUAUUUCUAACCAUAUAUACUCUUCCUAAUAGUUGUGUUCAAGAAGCUCACUGCUUGGUUGUAAACUGUUGUCCUAUUUAAGAACAUUUGACUGUAUCAUGUUUGUCUACCCAAAAUGACCUCUAAGAGACAUUUUACCGGGAAAAACAUGAAUUAUAAAACUAGACACAGUCAACUUGAGAUAUGUUACAGUAAAGAGAAUAAUGAGCCAGUUCUUACCCUUGAGCAAUAAAUGUUUGUUGUUGAGUAACAACUGAAAGUCCCAGUUAUUGAAGUCUGGAGUUUUAGAGUAGCCUUGUUUCCCAGUUAGCAGAGAUGCCAACUUCUACGAUUUUAUUGUAGUCGUUACGAAUUUUAGCCUCAAACUAUGCCUUUACGAUUACGCUAGAAAUUCUUCGAAAUUUGAAGAAAAUUCAUUAAAACUGGAUGUAUAGACAUGAACAUAUUUUUGUCAAUUAAAUACAUUUUCACAAAAAAAGAGACGGCAAGAAGAAAUGUAAUACUGAUUAUUUGGAAAUCUGCUGUUGGAGGCAUGUGAAAUUUAUUCUUGAUUAGUGUCAGAUCUUUCUCAGAAUCCAUCAUGAUUUUAAGUAUUUAGUUGACUACUAAUUUUUUGGUCAAACUACUAAUGUUGAUCCUUGAAACUACUAUUUGCAACACUUUGGGGUUGGCAUCUCUGCAGUUAGUAUCGGUUUUCUCAGGUGUUGUACAUUGUGUAGCUAGAGCAAUAUUUAUUUUGUUUUGCAUAUCGCCUAAAACUACUGCAUAUACCCCACAGUAGUAACCACAAAUAAAACACAUUUAUUCAUAUCAUCAUAUAUUACUCCAAGAUUAUGACAGAUGUGUAUUGUCAAAGUGAUUUAAGUCAUCGGUUACUUCCAUCAGCUGGUCAUGAAAAUAUGUGUUAAUAGUGUUACCUUGUCCUGUUGGUUGAAGACAUUCAGUAUAUGUCAGUAAACUACCUAUUAAAGCAUACCUACAAUACAUUGUUACACUGCAUCGGUACUUCUACGUUAAAUACAUUUGAUCUGUUGAAGAUAUGGCAUUAAAAUCUUUUGGAUUGAUUAGGAAUAAUGGUGAAUUAUUUUUUUAGUGAACUUGGUAAUAUAUAUGAACGUGUGCUUUGGAACAUCAUAUGUGUUUGUUAUAGUUAGUUAAGCUGUUUAACUGUGACAAAUAGUCACAUUUCAUUAAUAUGACUAUCAGUUGUUUUUUGUGCCAAAUCAAAUAGUGUCAUUCUAUUUUUCGUAUUGUUUUCUUUCAAAUUUGUCAAUCCUUGUUUUGCUUGGUCACAUUGUCUACUUGCCAUUGAUGACAGAUAAGUCCAUGCCAUGUAGUACUAGAUGAAAUAAUGUUUUAAUCAUAAGAUUUAUAUUUUCAUAUAUUAGAAUAUUUAAUGUUUUCAAUUAUUACUUCCAUAUCAAUUUUCUAUUAUUAUUUCAUUAGGAUUAGUCAAAUUAAACAGAGCUACGUCCUAUAUUUUUGAGGGUAUUGUUCAGACAGAAAGUGCAGAGAUAUCAGAUGAUCCAGGAAGGGUACAACAAAGUGUGCUCUGUGAAUGAAGCACUACUAAUACUUUCCAUGCACCUGAACUAGUGUGUCAUCAAUCCUGAUAUUCAUAUAUAUGUAGUCUUAACAAAGUCACUAUUUGACAAACAUUGGAUGUAAGUAGCAUAUUGUAUUAGAAUGUUUUGGGUGUAUUGGUGGCCCGUUGUUCAAAUCCCAGAUUCAGCCUGUGAUGAAACUUGGUAUGUCAGCGUUGUUUAUAUUCUUUUGGACUCACUUAGUAGAUUUAGAAUUCAUGAUUGACUGACACAGCAACAUCAAACCAGGGAAGAGUCAAGUCCAGCCUUGGAUGUCAUGGCAGUAAUGAAGAUGCUUUAACCUACUUAUGUUGCAACUUAUUUUCUCAUGAGAUGAAGUGCUAGUCCGAAGAUAAUUUAUAUACCAUCAUAUCUUACAUAUGUGCAAUUAUGCUUUGAGAAUAUAUAUUGAAGACAAGUCAGUAUGGAAUAUGGUUCACAUCUGCAAAGGUAUAAAAGUGUCGUGAUGUUAGGUGUUGAAGCUGAUAUUUUCAUACUUUUUAAUCAAUCUAUGCAAAUUGUAAUUGUGUUGUUGCUAUGUAUUUCCUCAGCAUUCUUGUAUAUACACGUCAAAAGACAUCUAUGUUAUGUAGUGUUAGACUGGAGCUUUAAUAUAUCUAUCAUAAUUUUUAUUAAGGAUUCCUAAUUCUUCAAAAUGACGUUUCAGUUUACAUGCUUCUAGUAGAAAGAUGAACGUACAUACGCAUUAAAUGGUACAAAUAUAGACAUACCAUAAUUGAAUCUGUUUGCAUGUAUCUUGCUAAUGUAUCUGCUUGAUUAUAUUUAUUUUACCAACUGAUAUAGGUGUCCUAUGCAUCAUGAUACGAGGUGUUUUGUACAUCUUAUUGCAUGAUGUCAGCCAUAACCAUGUAUGUGUUAUAUUCUACAGUAUUACGACAGAGAUUUUUACCAAAAAUUACAUACGGAGGAUCCUUAAGACAUGUUAGGUGGUACAGGUGGAAGGUGCAAUGUUUCCCUCAGGUCCUACUCAGUAGCUGAAUUGUUGCAUGUAUUGUAGAGACAAUGACAAAUCUGACUUGGCCAAGCUUAUUGUUCUUGGCUCAAAAUCAUUAUCGCUUUUUGGUUAGGUAGUAUUUUGAGGUGUUUAACUAAGAACACUUGACUGACAGGCGGGGAUCUUGAUGUAUGAUGAUGAUGAUGAUGCAGAGCAGUGUAAGAUCGUGAUGCAUAUGGUUUCUUGUUUUACCAAAUCUCUUGGUAAUUUGUUGUGAGGCUAAGUAGAAAUAUUUAGCUGUAGAUUUCCACAAAUAGCUCUUGCAAUGUGACAAAUCAAAAUACAUAUCCAUAUAAAUUUUUCUCUGUAUGUUUUCACUUUUGAACAAUUUGAGCAUGGUCAUCUUGAAGACAAAAACGUAUAAACAAGAGAAGGAUGAAAAUAAAGAUCUAUUCAUUGUAUCCCUUAACACUGCUCCUCCUCAAUACACAGGUGGAGAGUUCUUCAUGACAAGUGACAUUGUAUACAUAGUUCUAUUAUGAAGUGAAGCCCAUUUCUGGUGUCCCCGGCCGUGAUGUUGCUGGAAUAUUGCUAAAAGCGGCGAAACCAAAACUCAGUCAGUCAGUCAUUCUAUUAUGAAGUGUACUGUAGUACUAAACAGAAAUGAUUCUUCUUGUUUCUUGUAAUCGCAGAAGAAAUUGGUUUGUAUAUGUUUUAUCUCGGUUUUUGAAUCGUUUAUGUGAGACCCUUGUCAGUUGAGUGUUCAGAUAGUGAGAGACCUUUUGGCAAUAGAACAUAGGCUUGCUUUUGAUACAACAUGCAGUAGAUAACACGUCUAUUUAACGCAUGAAGUCGUUUGUUAUGACAUAUUUCUUAAUACAAGCUGUCAGAAUAGGACAUAUGAACUAUAUACAAUUUGAUAUUUAUAUAUUUGGCUGUAGCUGAUUUGUUGACCCAUGUAAAACCAUUCUCAGUGACUUGUUGUUAGUUCAGUAUAAUGACCUACAAAGGUAGGUGUAGUAUUUUGUUAUUGAAGCUGAGGGAAACUUCUUUGUGCUGAUGAAGAAACUGCCUCCUGCAGGGUGCCCAGUAUUUGACACAACAGCCACUUUUUUCAAUCUUUACAUCAGCAUUAUGACAAACUGAUCGUUGACAGGCCUGUUGUUGCCAUCUGUAGUCUUCAGUACAAAACACUAGUUUUCUUAUUAGUAUUUGUGAACUGUUAUAAGUAAUGUGUUGGAAAUCUGAUUGGUGGUGUUGAUACAGCGAGGGGAGAUUCUCUAUGGAACAGCUGAUGUAUGUAUGUGUGUGUGUGUGUGUGUGUCUUCCAGCAGUGUUCAGAUUGUAUACAGCCCUUGACAUUGACUCCAAGCAUAUGUACAUUGAUCAGAUCAAAACACACACAAGGUGCUAUGUAUGUGUACCGUCUAUGUUGUGCAAACAUAUUGUUUAUUUGAAUGCCAAAUAUGACAUGAAAAUAGCACAUCUGUACCUUUAUAAAUCAAAAGAUGGAGGUCUGUUUGAGUUACACAACUUUAUUCUCUCUUUUUUGUAAAUAGAUUUUAAGGCGAGAUUAAAAGGGUUUGGUUUUUUCAUAAAAGUAAUCGGGGAGUUCACAUCUUUUAUAGUGAAUAUGCAGCUGCAGGAAAUACUGCUAUCAUGAGUACCCUGUUUCUAUUCAUAUAGAUUUCAGGUCCAACAUUAGGUAACAGUUUUACAACAGAUAAUAAAGCAGCUUGUUUUGCGCAAGAUAAAUUGUUGUUGAAUAUUUUUAAAUUUCAACAUUAAGGCUUUUUAUCACAUAUGGUAUCGUAAUAGGAUAGGUUGGUAUACUUCUGAAAGGAUUUGUCAUCUGUUUCUGGUGUUUUAUGUUACUGCUUGUGUUAAUGUUUAUGUUUUGGGGGCAAUUCAACUCAUUUGCCUCUAGAAUGCAAUCUGCCCACUACACAACUGUAUUGUGGGCACAUUACACGAAAACAUACCACAGCACACAGUAGCACAAGGACUCUGUACACAGCUGCAUGUUCUUGCUUCUGUUAUAACGGUUUGGUUUUAUGUUUCUCCUAGUGAACGGUGAUCAUUUGCAUUAUGUAAUUCCCCAUCACCUUACUGUGACAUUGUAUCAUAACCCUUUGUUAUUUAUUCAAUCAAGAUUCUGCAGUGAAAUAUAUUGGAUGUACUGCAACUAUUCAUGUAUGUUCAAGCUCACUUAUUGCUCAGAUUAUUAUGAGUGUAACUGUUCACAGGGAUGACUGAAUGUUGGUAACGUACUUUGUGUAGCCCUUGCAUCUGUGUAGGGGAAUCACAAUGUUUGCAACACAUGUGUUUGAAUUCUCUAAUUUGUUGGUGUUAACAGUACAAAAACUAGUUUUACAUUUAUCAAAAGUAUUUUAUUAUUGACAGUUCUUUACAAGUUAGUCUGUAGAAGCAGAAUGUCCAUUUAGAAAAGACUCCCAUAUAGAGGUACUUUACAUGCCACACAUUGUGGAUACCUUUAGGUUUCUGUUGCCUUUGUGUAUAGAAGCCACACAUUCAGUGCCGGCAUUCACCAAAGCCAUGUAUUCAACACCUACAUACACAGAAACAUGCAUUCAACACCUACAUACACAGAAGCCAUGUAUUCAACACCUACAUACACAGAAGCCAUGCAUUCAAUUACACCUACAUACACAGAAGCCAUGUAUUCAACACCUACAUACACAGAAGCCAUGUAUUCAACACCUACAUACACAGAAACAUGCACUCAACACCUACAUAUACAGAAGCCAUGUAUUCAACACCUACAUACACAGAAGCCAUGUAUUCAACACCUACAUACACAGAAGCCAUGUAUUCAACAUCUACAUACACAGAAGCCAUGUAUUCAACACCUACAUAUACAGAAGCCAUGCAUUCAAUACCUACAUACACAGAAGCCAUGUAUUCUAAA